UAUCAAUAUGGACAAGGACUCAUAUUUGAAUAAUUUCUUACCAUACUGUAACAAGGAUGAUGAUUCCUUCUGCGUACAGUAUAACAGCGUAACUUGCCACCUUAUUUUGUCGCUUCGUCUAGACAAAGGGAGAUAGAAAGAGUCAAUCUUGGAAGGGAAAGGUUGAAGGAGCAAUUGGAGAAGCUAGUGUGUAACCUCUUGUUGUGGUUGGGGAAUGAUUUGCCCCCACCUUCCAAAUCCACAACUUGGGCCAUACUGUCUCGCUUGACAUCUCCAUCAGACCCGUGAACCUGAGAGAUCGUUUUCUGCCUUCUGAAUCUUUCUGUUUUAAACUUACUUCAAAGGAAACAAUAAAUACUGUUUCAAGAAGGAGAAUAAAGGAAAAGUCUACGUCCUUGUCAUGAACUUUAAAUGGUGUAAUGGGAAUUCAAUAUCCAACUAUCAAUGAUAAAGGGAACAUACAGAGUAAAUUUGAGAGACUAGCGCGGUGCAGUUUUGAUGAGAUACAACAGUAGCAGCACGCCGACCUCAUCAUGUCAAGCAAUGCAAUAACUCUCUUUAUCUUGCUUCUUAAUAUCUCCUUGUUUCCAUCCGUCUAUACUCUGAACCAGGAAGGUCUCUCCCUGCUUUCAUGGCUUUCAACAUUCAAUUCCUCUGAUUCUGCUACUUCCUUCUCUUCAUGGAAUCCAACCGACAAAAGUCCUUGCAAAUGGGAUUAUAUAAGGUGUUCCAAAGAUGGUUUUGUUUCAGAUAUUGUAAUAACAUCUAUCAAUCUCCGUAGCAGCUUCCCAACGCAACUCCUUUCUUUUGGUCACCUCACCACUCUUGUCAUCUCAAAUGGAAAUCUUACUGGUGAGGUUCCAAGUUCAGUAGGGAACUUGUCGUCUCUGGUUUCUUUGGACCUCAGCUUCAAUGCUUUAUCAGGAACCAUUCCUGCAGAAAUGGGGAAGUUAACUAAUCUGCAGUGGUUAAAAUUAAAUUCAAAUUCCUUACAUGGUGAAAUUCCAACAGAAAUUGGGAAUUGUUCCAAGCUUCGUCAGCUGGAACUGUUUGACAACCAGCUUUCUGGCAAGAUUCCUGGAGAGAUAGGCCAUUUGAAAGAUCUAGAAAUGUUUCGAGCAGGUGGAAAUCAGGGAAUCCAUGGUGAAAUUCCAAUGCAGAUUUCAAAUUGUAAAGCUCUCACUUUUCUGGGUCUUGCAGAUACUGGGAUUUCAGGGGAGAUUCCUUCAAGUAUAGGGGAACUUAAGAAUCUCAAGACGCUUUCUGUCUACACAGCAAACCUCACAGGUCAUAUCCCACCAGAGAUUCAUAAUUGUUCAGCCUUGGAGAAUUUGUUUCUAUAUGAAAAUCAGCUUUCUGGUAACGUUCCUUGUGAAUUGGGCUCCAUGAAAAGCCUAAGGAGAGUAAUGCUGUGGCAGAACAAUUUAACUGGCACCAUUCCAGAAAGUCUGGGCAACUGUACAAAUCUGAUGGUUGUAGAUUUUUCUUUGAAUUCCUUGGAAGGUGAGCUCCCUGUGACUCUUAGAAAUUUGCUCUUAUUGGAGGAGCUUCUUCUCUCUGAUAAUAACAUUUCUGGAGAAAUACCUUCCUUUAUUGGCAAUUUUUCCAGACUGAAGCAGCUUGAAUUAGAUAACAACAGGUUCUCUGGCGAGAUUCCACCUGUUAUGGGACAACUGAAAGAACUCACCUUGUUCUUUGCUUGGCAGAACCAACUCUAUGGAAGCAUACCAACAGAACUAUCCAACUGUGAGAAACUUGAGGCACUUGAUCUCUCACACAAUUUCCUCACUGGGUCAAUUCCAAGUGCUCUCUUUCAUCUAGAGAACUUAACUCAGCUAUUGUUGAUUUCAAAUCGACUCUCAGGUCAACUUCCCCCAGAUAUUGGCAGCUGCACCAACUUGGUCAGGCUGCGGCUGGGAUCAAACAACCUCACCGGUCCAAUUCCACCAGAAAUAGGUCUUUUAAGCAGAUUGAGCUUUCUUGAAUUGUCAGAUAAUCUACUCAAUGGAGAAAUUCCCAACCAAAUUGGCAACUGCAAUCAGCUACAAAUGCUUGACUUGCACAAGAAUCAGCUGCAAGGAGCAAUUCCUUCCUCCUUUGAAUUCCUACUUGUUCUUAAUGUCUUGGAUCUUUCUGCAAACAGAAUAACUGGAAGUAUUCCCCAAAAUUUGGGCAAGCUUACAUCUUUAAAUAAGCUAAUGAUCAGUGGCAACAGCAUUACAGGUUUGAUCCCUCAGUCACUGGGCCUUUGUAAGAAUUUGCAGUUGCUGGAUAUUAGCAACAACAGAAUCUCUGGUUCCAUCCCAGAUGAGAUCGGACAAUUGCAAGGACUGGAUAUCCUCUUGAACUUGAGUUGGAACACUAUAACAGGUCCCAUUCCAGAGAGCUUCUCAAAUCUCUCAAAACUUUCCAACUUAGACCUCUCCCACAACAAGCUAACAGGCAGCCUCAGAAUACUGGGUAGUCUUGACAAUUUAGUGUCUUUGAAUGUCUCCUACAAUAGUUUCACUGGUUCACUUCCAGAUACAAAGUUCUUUCAUGAACUCCCUGCUGCUGCAUUUGCUGGCAACCCUGAGCUCUGCAUUAGCAAGUGUGACAUGAAUCGAAAUCACCAAGGCAUUAAGUCAGUAAGAAAUGUUAUUAUUUACACUUUUCUUGGUGUUAUUUUAACGGCUGUAUUUGUGACUUUUGGAGUGAUUUUUGCUCUGAGAAUUCACGGGGCCACAUUUGAGAGGAAAUUUGAUGAAGAAAGUGAAAUGGAAUGGACUUUUACUCCAUUUCAAAAACUUAACUUCUCCAUCAAUGACAUUGUCACAAAGUUAUCAGAUUCAAACGUUGUAGGAAAGGGUUGCUCGGGGAUUGUUUAUCAAGUAGAGACUCCAAUGAAGCAGAUAAUUGCAGUGAAGAAGCUCUGGCCAAUAAAGAAUGACGAGCCACCAGAGAGAGAUUUGUUCUCUGCAGAGGUUCAGACCUUAGGAUCAAUAAGACAUAAAAAUAUCGUCAGGCUUCUCGGAUGCUGUAACAAUGGAAGAACAAGAUUACUCCUAUUUGAUUAUAUCAGCAAUGGGAGUUUGUGUGGGUUGCUCCAUGAAAAGAGGUUGUUCUUGGAUUGGGAUGCAAGGUAUAAGAUCAUACUGGGAGCAGCUCAUGGUCUAGAAUAUCUGCAUCAUGAUUGUAUACCUCCAAUUGUCCACAGGGACAUUAAAGCUAACAACAUCCUGGUAGGACCGCAAUUUGAAGCUUUCAUUGCAGAUUUUGGUCUUGCAAAACUGGUGAAUUCCUCUGAGUGUUCAAAAGCCUCUGCCAUAGUUGCAGGCUCUUAUGGGUACAUAGCUCCUGAAUAUGGAUACAGCCUAAGGAUCACAGAGAAGAGUGAUGUGUACAGUUAUGGGGUAGUGCUGCUGGAGGUUUUGACGGGAAUGGAGCCAACUGAUAAUAGGAUUCCAGAGGGUGCCCACAUUGUCACUUGGGUUAACAGGGAAAUCAGAGAGAAGAAAAGGGAAUUCACAUCAAUUCUUGACCAGCAACUAGUAUUGCAAUGUGGUACUAGAACGCCAGAGAUGCUUCAAGUUCUAGGGGUGGCUCUCUUGUGCGUAAAUCCAUCCCCGGAAGAACGACCCACCAUGAAAGAUGUGACAGCAAUGCUCAAGGAGAUCAGGCAUGAAACUGACAAUUUCGAGAAACCAAGUUUUCUCCAAAAAGGGGCAGUCACCAAUCAAAAAGUCGCAGUUCACUGUUCAAGUUUCUCCAGAUCAUGUGAACCACUAAUAGAAUCGUCGUCGUCGUCAUCUUCUUCCUAAUUUUUUGUUCAUUCAAGUAACAAAAUAAUUGUAUAGAUUAGUCUCAAAUAGCAAUUCCAAAUUUCUGCCUUUUGAAUGGAAGCUAUAUAUACAAGCUAACUCUUCAGUUCAAAGCAAACCAUACAUACUGGAAGUCUGGAA